AUGGAAGGUACAGAUAACAAGAUUAACGGUAACGCCUCUGAGACUAUCAAGGAAAAUGGACACUCGACGAAGGGAAACGAGGACAAGAAGAUCUUUGUCGGUGGAAUCUCGCCAGAAGUCAACAACGAAGAUCUGAACUCCCACUUCACCAAGUACGGAGAGGUUGCUCAAGCUCAGGUCAAGUACGACCGUACUAACGGCCGCUCCCGAGGAUUCGCAUUCGUCGAGUUCACCACCGGAGAAGGAUGCAAGUUGGCUCUCUCGGCUCGCGAACAAACUAUCAAAGGAAAAUCUGUUGAGGUGAAGCCAGCCAAGUCCCGGGAAAACAAGAAGGUCUUCGUUGGAGGUCUUCCAUCAGAUUACAGCGAAGCUGAGCUCCGCACUCACUUCGAACAGUUCGGAAAGGUCGAUGAUAUCGAAUGGCCAUUCGACAAGCAGACCAAGACCCGCCGUAAUUUCGCUUUCAUCGUUUUCGAGGAAGAGGAAUCCGCUGACAAGGCAUCUUCACAGACAAAGCAAACCUUCGGAACUCGCGAAUGUGAUGUGAAGAAGGCUGUUCCACAAGGAAAGCGAUUCCCACCAGGCCAAGGACGCAUGCCAGGAGGUCGUGGAAUGUAUGGAGGACGAGGCGGAAACAACAACUCCGCAUGGUACGCCGGGUGGGGACAGAUCGGAGCUGUUCCAUACGGAACUACUGGAGCUUGGGGAGAUUGGUACGGAAAUGGCUACUAUGGACAACAAGGAGCCCACCAUAACAACAGCGGAUCUUCUCAAGGAUAUGGAAGUGGAUACCAGAGUUUUUCAGGAAACAACAGCGGCUUCGACUUCCAGCAAGGACAAGGAGCCAGACAAUCGAACGGUCAACCACGCUUCCAACAACAACAGCAACAACAGCAGCAACAACAACAACAAGCUGCUCAAGCCCAACAGUUCUAA